UUCAGUGGAGGGAUUGUACGGUGCCCGGGAAGGGACACUGUGCGAUAUCUCGCGAGACCUCACAAACCAACGGUACUUCUUUGAAUGAAGACGAACGGCGGUACUUGACGGUGUGGCCAGAUUUUGCUUCUACACAACUGGGUGAAUUUAGAGGACACAUGGAGAGGAAGUUUGCCGUGGUGCAGUGGAGUGAAGGGGAGGAUUUUGGGAAGCUCAGCGAGAUAAAAACUGAUGCCAUAAGGGGGUAUGAUGAUUCCAAGAUGGACCACGAUGGAAAUCCCAUUUCCAACUAUUCAGCUGUCAUUGAAUGGCGCCAUGGGAAGAAACAACGAGGAGGGUGGCCUCACUACAGAGGCACCAUCAUCUUUGUUAGUGCUACUCGUUUUGAGACAACUUGUAAACUUAACUCACUGCUGAAGGAAGACGAACCUGCAGAGCUGACAAAGAGGGUGUCAGUGGCCUCCCAAAAAUAUGGGGAUGAUUCAGAUGGCUCAACCGAUACUGAGACUCAGUCAUUGCAAGUUAAGAGGUCAAAGGUUCCCACAAGGACAGACCCCGCAGACGAGUUUCUUAAGCAAUACGAUGUGCCAGGACUCCUACAGAGCAUGAGGAAUAUAAUUGAUUCGGUUGCAUCUCCUGAGAGAUCCAGGUUGGAGCUUAACACAACACCGCUGGCCCUCCCAGGUUCUCCGCAGUCCGGGUCCAGUUCUCCAUCUGCCACUUCACUGCUGUCCAUGCCCAGAUCUACGCUGUCCAGUUCCAAGUCUGCAUCUGUCACUCCAUCACUGACUGUCUCCCAGUCUUCUAAGGUUGAGAUCCAUCCUGGGACCGGAGUCAUGGUUGAGAGACUGGCAUGGGCCUAUGCCCUCAAUGCAAAUUCGGCCUCAGUAUUUGUAAGACAUCUGCUCACCGCAGUCUUCCCGGUAGAAGUACUGCUGGUGAGCAAUCUUCGGGGGAACAAACGAGGCAGAGGAGAUGCUCGUCUACCACUGGACAAAAAUAAAUUGGAUGCCAUUUACAGUGCAACUCUUGAGAGGUGGCCAGGGACCCAGCUCUCCAGCAUUGGAAGCACGAUCAACGCCAAGAUUACCGAGCUCCGGUCAAAAAGUAAAAAUGUUGCUGUGUCCACAGCUCUCCAUUAAACUGUUUUGUUUGCUGUAAGAGUUACACAAGUGUAUCACAUAGGCCUUGGCCUAGCAAAUACUGGUAAUGACUACUGUCUGCUGGAAGCAUGUAUGGCACCAUACUACGCACUACUUAGUGCUUGUUUAUUGUGAGAUAUGCAGUGUGCAGGAAAAAAAAUCGCCGUACUUGUAAUCCAUACUGUAGAUGUGCUGGUACAUUACAUGAAUGAAGCAUGAAGCAAACAGUAGGCAGUACUAGCAUUUGCUCAGAGAUUUUUGCCAAUGUUCAAACUUACCUCUAUUCAAGUUAGGGUUGAGUGUGAAAAACGCCCGUGGUUGUUGCAGAUGUUCUCUGUCUCUGGGGCGCAGCUCUGAAUGACAGCCAGCACCGUCAUUUGACGUCACUGGCGGCGGAACAACAGAUUUUGCAGCUGCGCACCAGAGACACAGAGAACAUCCUCAACAAUUACAGAUGUUUUUCACAUUAUAUUGCUAACUCGGAUAGAUAGAAGUAAAAUUGAAAAUCUGCAAAAUUUCCCUUUAAGCCCUGUUUCUCCUUUCUUUGAAUGUGAAGAGGCAAAUCAGUUAGAUGUGUACACCUGUUUGUAAUAACAACAAUUAGUUAAUGGUGACACUGUUCCCAUAUUAGAGAGGGAGUAGAAUAAGCAUGUGCUCUUCAUGUCUUUAUGCAGGCAUGACACGUGUUUGAAAAUAUCUAAACAAAUUGUGAUUCAUAUUCCCAUCUUGCUACUAGUUCAUUCAAAGGAUAUCUUUGAAAACACGAUCUUUUCUAAGAUUAGAGUUUACUGCUGUCGGCACUGUAAUCCCAGCAAUGUUCCACUGUUAAUAAAGACCACUGACUUGAAA